CCACUCAGGUGAACAGAGAAUCGAUUAAAAAUGUAUGAAAAUUUCCACCUCAACUCGCGUCCAAUUUGAAUAAAGUGAAAGUAAUUUUCGAAAGACACCGCGGUAAAUCCCCUUUUAUGCUGUCGCAUUAUGAUCUUCUCAACAGUGACGUUGUGUGUGUACAUAGCACUUUAUAAUAUUUCAAACUUUUGUGUUGUCUCAAAAUAUCUCGAAGGACAUCUGAAAACUUUAGAGGACUGGGCUUUUGUUGCACGAUUCUGCUUCCUUUCAGGCAAAGGACGAUAUGAAUAUCAUAUUGAGUUCGAGCGAAGAUACGGUGAACCGCAAUUGUUACUCUACUAUGACGACGACACUCAGUGGCCGGCAAUUUACAAGACGGGAAAGACCUGCCUGCAAAAGUUGUCAGUCCUAAGUAUACGAGAUAAUCAAAUAGUGACUCUAUCUGCCCGCAGUCCGUACAAUGCUCUUUCCGGAUGUACAUUAAGGACUUCAAAGGAAGAGACAGGACCCUCUGAUGACAGGAACGCAAAGCCUACUCGACCGGAGGUGAAAGCUCGCACUACAUCAAAACCCAAUGAUGACUCUGCCAACAAGGAUGAUGAAUGGAACUACACAUACUACGGGCAAUUUCUCAAAACAACGCCUCCAUCGUCCGAAUCUCAAGGAUCAGGAUCGGGACCGACGUCGACUUUUUCACCACUCGAGAAAUCAACGCACUUCGACUAUGAUUUCAAUGUCACCUCCUUCAAUGAUACCAUCGAGUCCUUUAAUUUAUCUUCCGUGGCGUACGUUCCCGUGGGACUGGAUGUCGGGCUGGAGAAUGAAGCGGAGAAUAACACUCGCUACAUGGAAUACGUUGAGGAAUUAUUCACAGCUAACGGAGCCACUUAUGGUGUUUCGGACAAUGAAUCAGAGGCAUACAACAGAGUGAAGCGAGCCCACUGGAAGUCAGAGAAUCCUGGAACACUAUAUGUAAGCUGCCGAAGUAGCGGAGGAUUCAUCACAGCCCGCGAACGAUGGUGGUACAUUGCAAUAGCGAAUUGUGGAAGCAAAAAGGGAAUUGAUGUGAAGUACAGGUUUCGAAUGACAAAUGGUCCACCCGGCGACUUCUGGCAUGAACAUUUUUCCGCUGACGAAAUGUACAUUCCACCGAUACUCCUGGCUGAAAGUAUUUGCUACACGUUCCUGAUGCUGGCCAUUUUUAUAUGUGCGAUUGAAUUGAAAGCGCGACACCUAUUUCACUGCACCUAUCGGCUCUUUACAGCCAGCGCGUCAUUACAGUACAUUGGCGUGUUAUUCUCCGGGGUUGCCUGGGCAAAGUAUGCACUGACCGGACUCGGACCACAUGCUAUCUUCGGGACAUUACUUCAAGGCGCAUCAGAAAUUUCCUUCCUGGCUCUACUACUUCUCAUGGCCAAAGGAUACACAAUUACUCGUGCCAGGCUCUCUACUUGUUCCACAAUCAAAUUGAUGACUUUCAUCAACGUCUACGUGAUUGUCUAUAUCGCGCUAUUCAUCUUUCGAGAGGAAGUCUUCGAUCCAGGGGAAGUCCUGAACCUGUAUGAAUCGCCAGCAGGAUUGGCUAUAUCUGGACUAAGAUGUGGAGCGUGGGGUGCAUUUCUUGUAUCGACAGCAACGACAGCUAAGAAAUUCCCAGAGAAAUCGAACUUUUACUACCCAUUUGGCAUCUUAGGGUCACUAUGGAUCCUGGGAGGUCCGAUAUUAGUUUUCAUCGGAAUAUCGUUUUUCGAUGCAUGGGUACGGGAGAGUGUUAUGUGUGCUGUAUUUGCAAUGCUAUCUUUAUGCGGUCAUUCGUCAUUCCUCUGGCUUACGUGGCCGUCACGUGCCAACAUCAGCUUUCCGUACCAUGUCCGAACAAACCAUGUGGGAGUUAUGUCUACAGAAGACGAUGGCGCCGAUUAUCCCAGACAUAUCUAUGAACCUGCGAUGGAAGAUCAAAACAUCAUUGUACCUUUAUCACGUCGAACAGAGGAGCUUCUGAACGGAGUAUACAAUCAAUAUUUAUGUGAAAGGGAUUAUUAUAACACCGCAACAACCCCUCACAGUCACGCAUCUUUUCCGACUGCACCCCCUCAAGACACAACAUCCCCACAACAACCAAAUCCACAAAGUUCUCAGCUUACACCUCAGAAUCAACAGAGCACAUCUUUAUCACCUGAAAACGAUGCUGCUAAGCAAUUAUAUAACACACGAGGAGAUGAUACACCUUCAUCUGAACACCAAGCAGAUUCAGGACAUUCUUCGUUCGACACUCAAAGCACUUUAAAUAAAACCGAGACUCCACCGAAGGAGGCAGAUUCUAACAGCCAACGGAAUAAAUUUGAAUUGAAAAAUAAUCCCUUUCUGAUAAAUGGCGUCAAAAGUCAGCCCAACAAGAUUAUCCUAGAUCCCAUCAAUCCGCCUGUCAAGAGUAGUCCUGGAGACGUUCCCAGGCACCUUUUCGCCGCACGGAAAUCAUCUGAGUAACUUCAGUCUUACUAGAGCUAUUUAGAUUGUGAAUCUUUUUUAAAAUGUUACUAAUUGCAAUAAAUACAUUAGGGAUGAA